ACGUCAUGUCUAAUAUUUCUAAUUCAAAUAUAUCGACCAAUACAUCACUUAAAUUUUAUUAUAUUGUUCAAGGUGAAAAACCUUUAUAUCUUUGUCGUUCACUCGACAUUGUUGCACAUGAAGCCGGACACGCAUUUCUAGAUAUUCUUCAAAUUGAAUGGUUAGUUGAAGGACAAACUGGUGCACUUCAUGAAGCUUUUGGAGAUUUGACUACGAUGUUUACGAUUCUAUCUAUGAAUGAUAUGGUUAAGCUUUUAAUCGAAACCACAAAUUCUAAGCUUCGAUCGGCAGAUAAUUUUGUGGCCGCUGUAGGUGAAGAAUUUGGAGAUUUAGUAUAUCAAAAUAAAGGAAAGGUUAGUUCACGAGAGCCAACCGAAACCAAAUUUCAAGAAAUUGCAACAAACUUGGAAACCGCAGUUGGGACAUUGG